AUGACGUCUGCAUACCAGCUGCGCUACAGCUCGACACAGCCGAACAGUGGCAAGGAAAAUUCCUCCGAGACUCCGAAGCCCAGGGCGCCGGAACCCGGCCUGCGCCGCGACGUCGUGGGGCCAUUCAACCUUCCUGCUGGUAUUUUGUUCGUUGCGACAGGCAUUGGUCUAUACUACUAUUUCCAGCACGAGAAGCGCAAGGUCGAGGAGAAGCGCAUGCUCGCGAUGCAGGACCAGUCGGUCGGUCGCCCCCGCAUCGGCGGCCCCUUUAGCCUGGUCUCUUCGACCGGUCACCCAUUCACGGAGAAGGACCUACUCGGGAGCUUUUCGCUGGUCUACUUUGGCUUUACCAACUGCCCUGACAUUUGCCCUGAGGAGCUCGACAAGAUGUCAAAUGUCGUCGACGCGGUUGCCGCGAAGCACGGCGACGUGAUUAACCCCGUGUUUGUGACGUGCGACCCCGCGCGCGACCGUGUGCCGUUGGUGGCGGAGUACAUUGCCGACUUCCAUCCCCGUAUGAUCGGCCUUACGGGAUCGUACGAUGAUGUGAAGGCCGCAUGCAAGGCCUACCGCGUCUACUUUAGCACGCCGCCGGGCGCGGACCCGACAACGGACUACCUGGUGGACCACUCGAUCUUCUUUUACCUGAUGGACCCUGAGGGCAAGUUUGUGGAUGCGUUUGGCAAGAGCACGACGCAGGACGAAGUGCUUGCCAAGGUCCAGGACUACGUAAAGCGCUGGAAGGCGGAGGGACUGCCGGUCAAGGAGGCGAAUGCCAAGCAUAUUGCUGCUACGGACGGCCGCCCAAAGUCGACCGACGCCGAGCUCUUCUCGCCCCCUAGCCUUGUUCCUUCCAAGCCGCCGGCCGUGCAGCCGGCACGCCUCGUGUAG